AUGCCGUUCAAAUCGACGAUCCCGGAUGUGGAUAUUCCCAAUGUCGGCAUUUGGGACUUUCUCUUUGAGAAUAAGAACCGCGAAUUCCCUGACGACCAAGUGAUCCUCGUCGAUCCCUAUUCGAAACGAUCAUACACGUACGCCCAGUUGAAACAGAGUGCCAUCGACUUCGGCAAAGGUCUACGAGCGCUAUGGGACUUCGAAAAGGGCGAUGUACUCAAUCUGUUCACGCCGAACAGCAUUGACACUCCGGCGGUCAUGUGGGGUGCUCAUUUCGCGGGUGCCAUUGUGAGCCCAGCAAACCCGGGCUACACAGCCGCUGAGCUUGUCCAUCAAUUAAAGGAUUCUGGAGCACGAGGCAUUGUCACGCAGCUCUCAGUGCUACCCAUCGCACUCGAGGCUGCGGGGAAGGUUGGAAUUCCAGUCGACCGCAUCUGUCUCAUCGGUGACGGCAAGCAUCCUGAUGGGCUUGUCAAACACUUCACGAGUGUACGCAACAUGGCCGGAACAUCGCGAUACCGCCGAGCCAAAGUCGACCCGGAUAAUGACCUCGCCUUUCUAGUCUACAGCUCUGGCACCACUGGUCUUCCCAAGGGAGUGAUGCUGUCCCACCGCAACAUCAUCGCCGACGUGCUCAUGAACGAAGCAAUGGAGGGCCCACUGGGUUGGAAAAGCGACAGCUGCCUCGCCUUCCUGCCCUUCUUCCACAUCUACGGCCUCACCGUCAUCAUCCAUCAAUUCAUCCACCGGGGCAUCAAAAUCGUCGUGAUGCCCAAAUUCGACCUCCACGGCUGGUGCCAGAUCGUGCAAGACCACAAAAUCACCACCUCCUUCGUCGUGCCUCCGGUCGUCCUCGGGCUCGCCAAAGACCCCGGCGUCUCCAAAUACGACCUCAGCUCCCUGCGCAUGCUGACCUGCGGCGCCGCGCCCCUCACCAAAGAGCUCUUGGAGCAGGAAUACGCGCGCCUGAAAAUCCCCAUCAAGCAAGGCUACGGCCUCUCCGAGACCAGCCCGACGACGCACACGCAACGCUGGGACGACUGGGACCAGACCAUCGGCAGCGUCGGCCACCUGCUCCCCAACCAGACCGCCAAGUACAUGUCCGAAGACGAAAAGGAGGUCGCCGCCGGCCAAGUCGGCGAGCUCUGGAUCAAGGGGCCCAACGUCUUCAAGGGCUACCUGAACAACGCGGCGGGAACGGCGCAUUGCAUGACAAGCGACGGCUACUUCAAGACCGGCGACGUCGGCUACCAAGACGCCAAGGGCAACUUCUACAUCACCGACCGCGUCAAGGAACUGAUCAAAUACAAAGGUUUCCAGGUCCCUCCCGCCGAGCUCGAGGGUCUACUCGCCAGCCACGCCAAGAUCGCGGACGUCGCCGUCCUGGGGGUCUUCCGCCCGGAGCUCGCGACGGAGGUCCCGCUGGCGUACAUCGUGCCGGCGGCGGGCGUCGAGCCGAGCCCCAAACUCGCGGAGGAGCUGGCCGGAUGGUUGGCGGGGAGGGUCGCCGCGCAUAAGAAGUUGAGGGGCGGCGUGCGGUUUACGAAGGAGAUCCCGAAGAGCGCGAGCGGCAAGAUUCUGAGGAGGCUGUUGAAGGUGCGGUAUCAGGAGGAGGAGGCGGCGAAGAGUACGAAGGCGAAGUUGUGA